CCCGGUGGGCAGGGCAGACGCCUGAGAGCCGAAGAGCGAGAGUCGCGCGCGCAAGGAUGGCCCGGGCCCGGGUGUCGCUCUGGGCCAUCUGCAUGCUGCGCGUGGCGCUGGCCACUGUGUACUUCCAGGAGGAAUUUCUAGAUGGAGAGCGCUGGAGGAACCGCUGGGUGCAGUCCACCAAUGACUCCCAGUUCGGCCACUUCAGAGUCUCGUCGGGGAAGUUCUAUGGACAUAAAGAGAAAGACAAAGAGUGUUUUGCCCACUUGCAUGUUUGUGCACCAACUGUGUGGUCCCUGCAGAAGUCGGAAGAGAGCAUUGGAUCCCCUGGAACAAGAGUUACAACCUGUUGGGAAUCACCGUGCCUGCAGACAACUCAGAACAGCCGCUUCUAUGCCAUCUCUGCGAGCUUCAAGCCAUUCAGCAACAAAGGGAAGACCCUGGUAAUCCAGUACACAGUGAAGCAUGAGCAGAAGAUGGACUGUGGUGGUGGCUACAUCAAGGUAUUUCCCUCCGACCUGGAUCAGAAGAAUAUGAACGGAAAGUCUCAGUACUACAUCAUGUUUGGACCUGAUAUUUGUGGAUUUGAUAUCAAGAAAGUUCAUGUUAUCUUAUAUUUCAAAAAUCAGUAUCAUUCGAACAAGAAGCCAAUAAGAUGCAAGGUUGAUGGCUUCACCCACCUCUACACCCUGAUUUUAAGGCCAGAUCUUUCUUACGAGGUGAAAGUUGAUGGCCAGUCCAUUGAGUCCGGCAGCAUUGAGUAUGACUGGAACCUGACAUCGCUGAAGAAAGCAGAAACUCCCUCAGCAGAGUCUAGGGACUGGGACCAGGUGGACGGUGGCAGAGCCCAGGACUGGGAAAAGCAUUUUCUGGAUGCGGGUGCCAGCAAGCCAAGCGAUUGGAACAGUGAACUGGAUGGGGACUGGCUGCAAAAGCCACCGUACCAGGAUGGCCUGAAACCUGAGGGCAUCGAUAAAGACGUGUGGCUCCACCGGCAGAUGAAGCCUGCCCACUACCUGACACAGUACGACCUCUCAGAGUUCGAGAACAUCGGUGCCAUUGGUCUGGAGCUGUGGCAGGUGAGAUCUGGAACCAUCUUUGAUAACUUCCUGAUCACGGAUGAUGAAGAGUAUGCAGAGCGGUUUGGCAAGGCCACCUGGGGGGAGACCAAGGGUCCAGAAAAGGAGAUGGAUGCCAUACAGGCCAAAGAAGAAGUGAAAAAAGCCCGCGAGGAGGAUGAGGAGGAGCUGCUGACGGGAAAGUUGCGCAGGCACGACAACCAUUUCAGCAGAUUCCACAGGCAAGGCGAGCUGUAGUCGUCCCCACUCUGCAUGUAGAGGACUGGCCCAGCCUCCACUAAUACACUCUGAAUGUCACACGUC